AAAAAACAAUAGAUGGCGGGCAUUUUAUAAAUAAGUAAAAGGAAAAAACAACAUAAACUUAGAUUUGCGAGUAGCAAUAUCUCGCUUGAAUCUCGAUCGACGUCGAAUUAUACAUAGAUGUUAACUGUUUUAGACUAAUUUGUGGUCUUUCCGAAAUUUUACAAGAAUGGAAAAUAAUGAAGUUGAACACACUGAUGAUGAAGAUAGUAGUGCGUCAUAUCAUGACCUGUCAGAUCAUGAAGAAGAUGAAUCUACUGAUUUAUCUGGUGAUGAAUUGGAAAUUAAUAAUCCCGAAGAUAUUCCAAUAGGCCUACCAGAGCAAUAUAAUCCGCAAGAUCAAGAUCUAGUGGGGGAUCAUCUUUAUCUAGGAGCCAUGGAAGAAGUAAGGGGAAGAACUCUCUUAGAUGAAGACAGCAUUAUUGAGAUACCUGUUGUGGUCCAAGAAGGACUUAUCUGUGUUCCUGGGCAAACCCUUCCUUUAACUAUUUCUCAUCCUCACAUAAUGGCAAUGAUGAGGCGAGUGAUUGAAGGGAAUCACAUAUUUGGCAUUCUUUCUUUUAGGCCCUUUGAGCCACACAUUAAUAACGCAAAGUACAAGAUAGGAGCGACAGCCGAAAUAUAUGAAUACGGAGAAGAAGUAGAAGGGUUAGAGUCUGGUUUCGGCUUCAGGAUAAAGGCAAGAAUUCGACAACGCAUCAAAGUCAUCCAAGCUCGAAGACAAAUUGAUGGGAUUACUAUUGCUCGAGUUCAGAUUUUACCUGAAUUAGAAGUGUCAGACUCAUUAUACCAGUGCCGAUCCUAUAGCCUUGAUAAACAUCGUUUAUCAACAGCAACUUCAUCGGACAUUUCCGUCGCUUCGCUGUUAUCGAAGAAACGAAUUUACGACAAACAGUACAAAAUUCCUUUCUCUGUCUGGCCCUCUUGGAUUCAUCGUUCGUAUGACCUGCAAUUUAUAGCUCAACGCGUUAUGUUAGAACUGAGCACAUCGAUUUUCGUCGGCUCGUCGGCCUUUGCCGACGUCGGAUCCGGAUCGAUUGUCCCUCGAAAUCCGGUUGAUCUUUCCUAUUGGGUUAUACAAAAUUUACCACUCGAUGAUGAGCUAAGACUUGAGCUACUAAGCAUUAACAACCCCAACCAGAGAUUACGAGCUGAACUCUCCAUCCUCCAAAGAUGCGAAUCUCUCUGUUGUCGAGAGUGCGACUAUGCGAUUGCUCGCCAAACAGACGUUUUCGCUAUGUCCAAAAUAGGUCCGCAAGGUGUCUACGUCAAUCCGUUCGGCCACGUCCACGAGACCAUUACAGUUCAUCGUGUGGAUGGAUUGUCUGUCACUACACCACCCUCCACCGAAUUCAGCUGGUUCCCUGGCUAUGCGUGGUCAAUCGUGAAUUGCUCCUACUGCCGCAGCCACAUUGGUUGGCUGUUUACGGCAAACGAUCGGCACUUGCAACCAGCAAGCUUUUGGGGAUUGAGUCGACAGUCACUCAAGCCACGACUCAAAGUGAACGACGAGAGCGAGUUCAUCGCAGUCAUGUGAAUUCUAAAAUUUACACUUGCCCCCCUACAAAUUCAAGAAUACAAAUAAAUCAAUUGGACCAUUAACUUAAAACAAACUUAAAAAAGACAAAACUUAAAGCAUACAAAAGUUUACUUUUUCUACAAUCGCGUAGCAACCAUAUUAGAUUUAGAAACCAUUUGUGAAAAGAAUGGGAUAUUUUUAGAUUUUGUAAAGUUCAGUUCAACUCGAAUUGGCAAAAUCGAUUCAACUUGAUUUGUGAUAUUAAGGUGCAUUUUCAUUUCGACUAUUGUGAAUAUUCAAUGUAUUUUCCAUGUCGGAAUUCCUGUUCCUACAAAGAGGUAGGAGUGAUCAAAAUGUUUGUAUCAAAGGAAAUGCGCAUUUCUUAUUGCGCGUCGAAGAAAAAAUGCGGAUUGUUAUGAACUUAUUAUGCGUUGCAAAAAUUUACACAAUUAGUUUAUCACGUGAAUGGUAUAAAUACUUAUAAUAAUGCUUUUCAGUAAUAUUUUACUUAAAAAAAAUUGUAAUAAGAGAUAAGACUCAAGCUUAAAGCUUUAGCGCGUGCGCCGCGACGCGCAUUUUCGUUCCACUCCAGCGUUGCGCUCAAAAAAUAAUAAAAACAAAAAUUGACGCGCAUUUGUUUACUUUUACCGAAAACAAAAAAUACUGAGCGCUACACAAAUAACACACAAUACCAGUGAUGCUAGUUUUUUUUACGCAUAAAAGUAAAUGCACUUGGACGUGCAUUUUACGAUUUUAGUGAGUUCGCGCGAAUUACAGUUAUUUGUAUUUGACCACUGCCUGCCAGCGGUUGACAGGCCCAAGUUUCACAAAAAAUGCUGCAUAAAAGAAAAGUGGGGCAUAUUUGCCUUUGGGGGCACAAGCUAAAACGCAGGGUUGAGAGUGAGACUAAAGUCAGCAGUAAACUCAUAGAGAGGCGAUAAGGUGGACUAACGGAACGGAAGUUGCAAACAACCGACGGCAACAAAGAAUUCGAGCAGACGAAAAUUCUAUAGCAUUUUUCUUUUUUUCUCUCUCUCUAAAGAAUUCAAUCAGAGUAUCAAAAACUUUCCAUUUAUUUUACGGGCUAAAUUCAGCAAGUCCAUCGAAGUAAUGGAAAACGACAUGAAGACUGAUGCAGUGCUGAUUCAGCUGAAAAUCCCUUGUCUCCCACAAACCAGCAAUUCUAUGUUUGUUACUUCGUAUUUGGAUACAGUGAAUUGUUCCAUAAUUUUAAACUCUUAUUAUACACAUGUUGCUAAUUAUGUGUGAGCCUCAAUCAACAUUCUGUGUCUAAAUACAGAUUGUUCAUUCAAAUAAAA